CACGCCACUGUCGCAAAACAUCUCAGGUCAUCAGCCUCACACAGCAGUAUGCAAGAGAUGAGAUACAGACCACGUUUCCACUGUCUCAGAAGCUGGCAUAAGUGGACAAUCCAAACUCAACCAGAUGGUGAUACUCGAUGUGUUAGUAAUAGGGGGUGGCCCUCAUGCCUUGACUCUGGCUAGCUUGUUAUCCAACCCUGAUCCAAACUCAGACCCUGGGCAUGACUUACCCCUCUCCCCCUCUUGCCUGGACUCUCAGAGGCCUCAGCUAAAUCCAGAGACAUUCAACAACAAACGCUGCAGUGGCAAGAAGAAGAAGAGGGCAACAGCUGUCUCUGCAGGCGUGACGCUGGAGGAGCAACUAGCGAAGUCAACAAUAUCAGAGAGGGCCGUUUGUCCCCAGCUGAGUCUCCGAGUGGUAGAUUCCUAUGGAGAGUGGACCACUCUGUGGGAGAGCCAGUUCACAGCUCUGAACAUCCGUCAUCUGCGCUCACACACACUGGUGCACACAGACCCUCUCAAUAAGAAAGCAUUGCAGGAGUUUGUUUUAAAGUAUGAUCGUUCGGCGGAGCUUCACAGUCUUCCAGACCAGGUUUACAUUCUGGAUGAAAAUGCAUUUUUUAAUGACAUGAGGCUCGGCAAGAAGGAGAGGAAACGUCUAAAUAUCACCUCAACACUCAGGAAGAGUUUAGCCUUCAGUCUGCCAGGAACCAAACUAAGUGUGGAUUUCUUUAAAGAUCAGGUGGAGAGAUACAAUUUGGACAAAGUGCUGGUGAAGGGAACAGUGGAGCACAUCAGGCCUGUGAUUGAGCAUAAGGAAGAGAUGGAAGAAGAGAAUGAACGGAUAAAAGAGCGUGAAACAAAGGGUGAGGGCAUGAGAGUGACUGAGAGGAAGAAAGAUGGGUCAAGAAAGACAGUGAAAUAUUUUCAAGUCCAACUUCAAGAAGGCACUAUCCUAAAAGCCCGGCAGGUUGUUAUGGCAACAGGUCCAACCCGUGCCCAGAUGGCAAACAUCCCUUCGUGGGUGAAAAGUAUUGAAGAGAGCUACCCGGAGGAGCGGUUGCAGCACACAGUGCACCUCAUGCACCACCUGCCAAAUGCAAGGCAAAAACUUAAAGACACAGAUUGUCAGAGACAGAAAGAGACUUUUUCCACUCAAGAACUGUGUGUAGUGUGUGAGGCAGGGCAGAGAGUAUUGGUAGUUGGUGGAGGUCUGACCAGCGCUCAUGUCGUCUCAAUUGCCCUGCAGCAAGGUGCCAGCCAUGUGACAUGGGUUAUGAGGAAGCACCUGCAGUUAAAACAGUUUGAUGUGGGUGAUGUGGAGAGCCUGGUGGGUCGUUACUCCCACGUGGAGCAUGGCAUCAAAAUGGAUGGCCAAGCCUACCUGCGACAGUUCUAUAAUGAACGGAGUCUCCACAAACGUCUAGCUAUGAUUCGCCAGGCAAGGAAAGGAGGCGCCAUCACCCCAGAGGCCUACAUCCAUCUACAGCCCUUCAUCCUGAAUGGACAGGUGGACCUGAAGACAUACUGUCAGGUGAGUGAAACUAGCUGGUGCUACAGGAGCCAGGCCUGGAGUUUGUCCCUCAGCACUGGGGACCACUGGACUGGAGACAUGAUCUGGCUCGCCACCGGCUGCAAACUUGAUGUCAAACAGGACCCUUUGCUCUCUGGGGUGAUGAAGGAAUUCCCCAUUCAGGUGAUAGAUGGCUGGCCGUGCAUAUCAGAAAGCUUACAGUGGUCAGAAGAGUGCCCACUCUACCUGAUGGGGCAGUACACCGCUCUUCAGGUUGGACCUCAUGCAGUAAACCUGGCGGGCGGACAGGCUGCUAGUAUGCGAAUCGCCAAGGACAUCAUGCGGCAUCAGAAACAGGACAAUGCAGAGGCUUCUGAGCUGAGUGGGGAGAAAUCUAAAACUGAAGAAUAUAUUAAACAGAUGCAGGGCCUGUUAUGGCUUUAACGUUAGCAUUUAUCCUGAAGACUUCAAAUGCAUGUAUGUAAGAAGUUGUCUAUUCUUAAUGGUGAUGGGCCUGUGUGGCCUUGAUUAAACGGGUUACAUAAGAAUGCUGUGAAACUUCCUGUUUACAACAAUUCUAUUUCAAAUAAACAAAUAUUAAUCCUUGAGGGUACCAUUAAUUGUUCACAAAGAUUGAAUGACAUGGCUUGGAAGGACAAGCUGUAUGAUCAGUGAUCUGAUAAGUUUUACAUCAGUGUUUUCCAAAUUAGUCUGUUUGCCAGCCAAUUGAGCCCCAUUGUGAACCCAGAAAUGUUGAGUACUCAAUCAAGGGUCAAGGCAGUGAUACUCUUAAUUAAGGUUUGUGGGCCAGAUACUUUAAUCUGCUGUGCCGGGUGGCAUGCUGACCACUGUUCAAUUUUCCAUAGCUGUUACUUUGGAAGUUAUAUAUUAGCCUGUUAGGAUAUUAAUGAUUUUCUUCUUGGCAAAAAUGACUGAGGACAGCAAACAUCUAAAGGCUGACAAUAAAAAAUGGACGGAUGAA